AUGGCAGAGCUGUCAGAGAACUGGCGGCCGCAGCAGCUGCUGCAGUCCUUCUGCAGCCAAGCCGCAUCCGUGACUGUGCUGCGUCUCAGCAGACCAGCAGCAGCAGCAGCAGCAGAUGCAGCAGCAGCAGAUGCAGCAGCAGCAGAUGCAGCAGCAGCAGAUGCAGCAGCAGCAGAGCCACUCGACGUUCUUCUUUCCCUCUACGGGGACUCUCUGUGCUGCGCUUUGCUGCCUGAGUCUGCGCGAGCAGCAGCAGCAGCAGACGCUGCAGCAGCAGCAGCAGCAGCAGCACCACCGGAAGCAGCAACACCGGCAGCAGGAGCAGCAGCAGCAGCAGCAGCAGCAGCAGCAGCAGCAGCAGCCGAGCUGCCUCCCUACCUGCUGCAGCAAUUCUGGGGCCCUCUGCGGCUAACAGACGAAGCAAUUGACGAGCCUGUUGCAGCCUUUGCUGCUUGCCCCCUAGUACCCAGCAGCAGCAGCAGCAGCAACAGCAGCAGCAGCAGCAGCAGCAGCAGCAGCAGCAGCAAAAAGAAGCGAAAAGAGGCAAGAGAGGCAAGCCCCUCUCUGGCUCUGGUGCUGACUUGUGGGGCCAGCGGACUGCUGCGGCUGCUGCUUCUGAGCCUCAAGCCUCUGCUGCAGCAGCAGCAGCAGCAGCAGCAGCAAGAGCCGCAGCAGGAGCAGCAAGAUCCUGCGCUGCUUAUUGCAGCACAGCGGCUCGGCAGCAGCAGCAGCAGCAGCAGCAGCAGCGAUGGCAGCCUCCAGCCCUGGGCGCGCCUGCAGCAGCUGCAGAAGUGGAAGGCAAGCGGCGCUCUUGCUGCUGUUGCUGCUGCUGCUGCUGCUGCUGCUGCUGCUUCUGUUGCUGCUGCUGCUGUUGCUGCUGCUGCCGUUGCUGCUGCUGAAGCUCACGGAACUUCGAGUGUUGCUCGCGUUGUCGCCAUUUCAGAGCCUCUAGCUAUAUUUGACUCAGCAGCAGCAGCUGCUGCUGCUGCUGCAGCAGCAAGUGGUGCAGCAGCAGCAGCAGCAGCAAGGCCAGUGCGCGUUGCUGCAGUUGGCUGCAUCGGCGGCGAAGUCGAGCUGCUGCUGCUGCAGCAAACAGAAGCAAUUCCUUGCUGCUCGCUGAAGCAUCCAGCGUCAAUUACAACUCUCAAUGACACUGUUGUUCCUAGUUCAGCUGCUGCGGCGCCGUUGUUGCUGCUGCAGCUGCUGCUGCUACAACUGUAUUUCUUACAGCAGCAGCAGCAGCAGCAGCAGCAGCAGCAGCAGCAGCAGCAGCAGCAGCAACAGCAGCAGCAUGAGGCUUCCACCUGUAGAAGGUUUCACCCCACAAGGGCCUUGCUGGCUGUAGGGGCUGCUGACGGUUUGCUGCGGGUAUAUGAUGUGUCGUUUGCUGCUGCUGCUGCAGCAGCAGCAGCAGCAGCAGGUUCUGCAGCAGCAAUAGCAGCAGAACAUGUCCCCUACAUUACUCUAAGUGACCACAUGAGCAGCAUCACUGCGCUUUCGUUCCUCAGCGCUGCUGCUGCUGCUGCGCUGCAGCAGCAGCAGCAGCAGCAGCAGCAGCGGCGGCACAAGGCUGAGCAGGAGACUCGCAAAAAAGCAACAGCAGCAGCAGCAGCAGCAGCAGCAGCAGCAGCUUUUGAUGACUGUUUAGUGUCUGCUGCUAAAGACUCUCUCAUUAAUGUUUGGGCGCUGAGGCCCCUUCCGCAGACAGCGGGGCUGCUGCUGCUGCCGCAGCAGCAGCAGCAGCAGCAGCAGCAGCAGCAGAACGAGCAGCAGCGGGUGCAGCAAAUCAAGAAGAGCGCACUGCAGCUCCAGAAGCGGCUGCAGUUCCACCAGCAGCAGCAGCAGCAGCAGCAGCAGCAGCAGCGGCAGCUGCUGCUGCAGCUGCCAACAAUAGAAACCAUAACAGCACUUGCUGCUGAUGCAGCAGCACCGCUGCUGCUCUCAGGGGGCUCUGAAGGCCUCGUGAAGCUGUGGGAUUUGAGGAAGAGACAACCAGUCCAGGUGAUGGCAACAACAACAACAGCAUCAGCAGGGGCCUCGUCUGCAAGCGAGGAGGACCUGGGGGCUUUUAUCCGCACGCUGCUGCUGCUGCCCGCAAGCAGCAGCAGCAGCAGCAGCAGCAACAGCAGCAGCAGCAGCAGCAGCAGCAGCACGCUGCUGAUUGCCCAGGACUCCGGCGUUAUAUCUCUCGUGUCUCCGCUGCCAGGCCUUGCUGCGCUGAGCGCGAAGGGAGGAGCAGCAGCAGCAGGACGCGCAGCAGCAGCAGCAGCAGCAGCAGCAGCAGCAGCAAGCAGCAGCAAAACAACAGCAGUGUGUCUCCUCGGGCGCCUUGAUGGGACCUUCGCCUGCCGCUGGCUGCCACAGCCCCCCAGCUACCCCGGGCGGCUUCUGGUGCUGACGGGCGACAGCUGCUGCUGGCAGCUGGAUUUGGCUGAGGGGUCUUUUGGGGCUUUUCCUGUUGCUGCUGAUUUGCUGAAGUUUGGCCAAGUUGAACAAGUGCAGCAGCAGCAGCAGCAGCAGCAGCAGCAGCAGCAGCAAACUCAGGCAGCUGCGGUCUCGUGCUGCGACGUCUCGAAGAAUGGCUGCUGGAUUGUAACUGGAGGAAGAGAUGGCUCGCUGAGGGUUUGGCACUCCGCAACAAAUCGGCUUUUGCUGCUGAUUGAAAAAGCCCACGAGGGCUGCGUCACUGCAGUGGCCUUCCAAAGAAAGAACUGGCCAAAGGCAAGCCCCGUGGUGCGUCAGCCUCCCCAGCAGGAGCAGCAGCAGCAGCAGCAGCAGCAGCAGCAGCAGCAGCAGCUGGACUGUUUGUGUGAUUGCCGAGGCCUCUCGCCAGCAGCACCUCAAACCCUUUCCUUCAUUUCCUGCUGCGACAAAAACAGUUUGCGGCUGUGGCGGGUGGAAGUGCCUGCUGAGUUUAUCUUGGGCAGCAGCAGCAGCAGCAGCAGCAGCAGCAGCAGCAGCAGCAGCAGCAGCAGCAGCAGCAGCAAGCAGCAAGUUAGCUACGAGUGCAUCUCCACCAUUGUCGCCCACAAGAAGGAAAUUAAUGACCUCAAAUUCGCCCCCAACGACUCCCUGGUGGGAACUGCGAGCGCGGACAAGACUUGUUUGCUGCUGCUGCUGCCGACCUUAGCUGCUGCUGGCGAGCUGCGGGGCCACCGGCGAGCUGUUCAAGAAAUUCAGUUUUUGAAAAGAGAAAAAGCAGCAGCAACAGCUUCGCUGGACUCCACUGUGCGCCUCUGGAGCCUUGCUUCCUUCACCUGCCUCAAGACUCUCCAGGUACUGCAGCAGCAGCAGCAGCAGCAGCAGCAGCAGCAGCAGCGGCAGCAGCAGCAGCAGCGG